CUACAUAAAAAUGUAACCUAGGGAUUGGUUGACUUGUGCCCAAAAAGACUUCCGGUUUCAUUGCUUCAUAGAUCCCAGCGGAAGUUGAGGUGUGAGACAACGGAAGUAGCGUCAGCGAAAGUGCGACAAAUAUGAAUCCACUGACAAAGGUAAAGCUCAUUAAUGAGCUUAAUGCCCGCGAGGCAAGUCUGGGGGUGAAGGAAUCUGUUUCUUGGCACCAAGACUACAAGGACAGCGCAUGGAUCUUCAUGGGUGGGUUGCCCUACGAGUUGACAGAAGGAGACAUAAUCUGCGUUUUCUCACAAUAUGGAGAGGUGGUCAAUAUUAAUCUUGUCCGUGAUAAAGCUACUGGCCGUUCAAAGGGAUUUUGCUUCCUUUGCUAUGAGGACCAGAGGAGUACUGUGUUAGCAGUGGAUAACCUGAAUGGGAUAAAGCUGAAGGGGCGCACAAUCCGUGUAGAUCAUGUGUCAAAUUAUCGGCCCCCAAAGGAUUCUGAUGAUAUGGAUGAAGUAACCCAAGCACUAAGAGAGCGUGGUUGUGGAGCACGAACACCUUCCCCAUUAUCUUCAGAUGUGGAGGAGGAAUUGAGGCGCAAAAAGAAAAAGAAAGAUAAAAAAAAGAAGAAAGAACGCAUAAAAGUGGAAAGCAGUGCAUCAUCUGGUGGAAAGAGAGAUGGUAGGGAGAAGGACAGGGGAGAGAGCAGUAUGGGUGACUUAAGUACAGUCAUUAAACAAGAACGUGUUGAUCCAGCGUAUGACAAAUAUCAAACAUCUAGCGUAACUAAAAGAGAAUGUUCCAGGGAGCGGGAGGAAGAGAGACCUAAUAAAAAAAUUAGUGAUAAUAAAGACUUUCAUCGGGAUGAGAGAAACAAAUAUAGAGAAAGAGAUGAUGAAAGAAACAGACCGAAAGAUGAUAGACACAGAGAGAGAAAUGAAGAACGGCAAAGAGAAAGAAAUGUACAAAGACAGAGAGAUGAGGAACGACGUGGGGGACGCCAGGAGGAGAGACAGAGGCACAAUGAACAAACCAGAUCCAGGCAUGGAGAGCGACAGGAACAGCAAACUAAAGACUACUAUAACAGUGACAGAAAGCACAAGAGAUAGCACCCAAACGUAAAGUGAGGAAUUAACAAUGAUUAUUUUAUGGUGGAGUUAAAAUAAGAAACAUUACACUGUUGAGUAAAAUGCAUUUUUAUAUAAUAAAACUUUUAUGUAUAAACAAAA